AGCAGGAGCAGGAGCAGACACGGACAGGCAGCUCCCCGCCGCCGCCGCGCACACGCGCCCGGGCGCAGGUUUCAAGGAGAGACGAAGUGGACGGGUGAAGUGCGAAAAGCAAGGUGACUCCGCUUUCGGUCUGGUUCUCAUCUGGGGGGGCCCUGGCAGUGCAGCCCCCCCAAACUUCACUUUUCUGAAACACGGCUCUAGCCAACCUGCUUCGCUGUUUCACUUGCGACCGCCUGUGUGGGGGCUGCACAGCGCCGGCUCCCCCCCCUAGACAGGGCAUUGCUCUCCAGCCUGUCAUGCCCAGCUGUGAGCCAGCGCCACCCGCUGCCUGCCUCCCUACCAAGACCUUCCGCAGUUACCUGCCCCGGUGCCACCGAACGUACAGCUGUGUUCACUGCCGGGCACAUCUGGCCAAGCACGAUGAGCUCAUCUCCAAGUCUUUCCAGGGAAGUCAUGGUCGCGCCUAUCUUUUCAAUUCUGUGGUUAAUGUGGGCUGUGGUCCGGCCGAACAACGUCUCUUGCUCACCGGUCUCCAUUCAGUCGCUGACAUUUUCUGCGAAAGCUGCAAGACAACACUGGGCUGGAAAUACGAACAAGCCUUCGAGACCAGCCAGAAGUACAAAGAAGGGAAGUACAUUAUUGAGAUGUCACAUAUGGUGAAGGACAACGGCUGGGACUGAGGGGGACUCUGGGCGCACACCCUCCUGCGUAGCAUGCCUUGCCCUUUCCCAACCCCACAUCCACAGCUGGCAUCCCGGCACAACCAACCCACCCCACCCCUCACCCCAGCCCUCCUGCAUAGCAUCACCCGUGGGAGUGGAGAUACCAGGACCCUUCUCCCAAACCUCUUGUACUUUCUAAGAAUGCUGGAUUCGCAGAGUGGAGGACCCCACCCCUGCCCUUACAGCAGAAGGGGAAGCUCAGAGGGUUCAGGGGACAGUGCUGGGGGUGUUGGAUUGGAUUCCACGUGAUCUAUAUGCUGCCCUCCCCCCCGCUGACAGCGCCUUUCGGGCGGAGCAAGCAGUGGCAUCCAGAACUGCAGGCAGGUUUUGCACUUUUGCAGUCCGUUGCGUAAGACAGAACGCAGUCCUUCCUGGAGCAGGACGGAAAGGGCUGUGGGCACAGGGCAAGCUCUUGAGGAGAUGCCAUGGCUUAGCAGCAAGUGUUGCAUGAAGGAGGUUCUAGGUUCAAUCUCUGGCAUCUCCAGUUGUUGUUUUUUUAAAGAACCUCACGGAACGGCUAGAACAGGCUCUCUGCCCAACGGCCCUGGAUAACUGCUGCCGAUCAAUAUUGACCAGGUUGAGCUAGAAGGGCCAAGAGGGUCUGAGUCAGGAAAAGGCAGCUUUUUAUGCUCUUCUCCUUUCUUGGGAGAAAUAAAAUUUGUGUUUGACAGCCUACCAGUGUUGGGGAGAGGAAAUCCCUCUCAAAGAGGAAACAAAGGGAUCCUAGAGGUAGGGGGGGGGGAGCAGCCCCUCUCCACAUGGAGCCAUGGUAGUUCACAACCCCUUUCACCCCUCCCGUUCCCUGACACUGCCGUGGUGUUUACCCCCCAUGUCUACUCUAUGGAGUCUAUUUCUUUUGUUUUGGGUCGCCGUGUGCUUGUGAACCUUGGGCACCAUGGCUCCCCCACAUCCCCCCACCCCACAUGAAGACAGGAUGGGGGGCAGGUGGGGGUAAAGCCUCAGCACUGUCACCAGCGCAGGAUAUAUUUCUUUUUGUAUAAUAAAGGUGUUUUAUAUUUAAAAAAC